AUGGAGACGAUCGUACGCGCCAUGCAGACGGACUAUGGAGAGAAUAAAAAAGCCGUGCCGGUGCGCAUGCAGAAGGGUUUCCUCAACAAUAUUCCAUCUGCCUUUAUGGGCUAUGAUCUUGUCGAGUGGCUGAUGGACCGUUUGCUUUGUGAGGAGUCUGAAGCAUUAAACAUAGCCAACCAACUUUGCUUGCAUGGCUAUUUCUUUCCCGUUCAUGACACCAAAUCACUCGCAGUCAAAGAUGACUCUUCACUAUAUCGCUUUCAGACACCAUACUAUUGGCCCUGGCAGCACAAGGCGCCCGACAAUGUAGAGUAUGCCAUCUACCUGACCAAGCGUUCACUGCGCAACAAACAACGCCACGCAUUGGAGGAGUACGAGGCUGAAGCCUUAGCAUCGCUGCACAAGAGUCUCAAAGGUAAAUGGGACUUCAUUUCAAUGCAGGCUGAGGAACAGACGCGGUUGGCUAAGGAGCGAAAGAAGGGUGACAAGAUCGUCAGUGAUUCACAAGAACGCGCCUAUUGGCGUGUACACCGUCCACCGCCCGGCCAGUUUACUCCCCUGGAGCCAUGCCCCAUACCGUCACGUGAUCGUUUGGGCUCCAAGCCGAACAAGAAGAAGACUAUCGAAGAUGUGCAGCGGGAGGUGGACUAUCUCCGCAAGUCACUCAAUCGCACGCGCAUGAAGAUGUCUCAGGCCUGCGAAUCGCUGGUCGCCUAUUCGGAGACGUUCGCCGAGUAUGACUUCUUUUUCCAGCCAGUAUUGCCGUCGAACCCAUGGGUUACGGAGGACACCACUUUUUGGCAGCUGAACAACAGUUUCGUCGAUGCACCCACGGAGAAACGUGUGAAACGUUGGGCGAUUUCAAUCGAGGAGCUGGUUUCCGAUCCCACUGGCCUGCAGGAGUUCACCAGCUUUCUGGAAAAGGAGUACUCGCACGAGAAUAUACGCUUCUGGAUUGCAGUUAACCGGUUGCGGCGUUCAGCGCACUCGCAGGUUGCGCGCAAGGUCAACGAAAUUUACGAAGAGUUUCUGAAGCCGGGCGCACCAUGCGAGAUCAACAUUGACGGCAAAACGAUGGAAAGUGUACUGAAAGGACUGAAAAAUCCCUCACGUUUUACUUUUGACUCCGCGUCCGAGCACAUCUACAUGCUGCUGCUAAAGAAGGACUGCUAUCCGCGCUUCAUACGCUCCGAUCACUACAAGCGUCUUCUGGAGUCUGGUGUGCAGCCGUUGCAAAACAAGAAGCGCUUCUUUAACUUCGGUGGCGUCGGCGCCGGCAAAAAGAAGAUGACUGCCGCGCUAUCCAGCCAACCGAAUCUUGGAAGCGUGACAACUACAAAGAAUGCUGGCGGCGGUGGUGUGUGCUCUUCAAUGAUGCAAGCGCCGCCGCCCGGAAAUUUGGCACGACGGCGUGGCAGCGACCGCAGCCUCAGCGGGUCCGCACACGAGCUGGCUGUGAUUGGCGUAAAUAAGGACAUCACAUCCAAAGUGCCACAUUCGCACUCGCAAAGCAAUCUGAGUGAAAUUCCCUACAGAGAGACAUCCAAGGCGAAGCCCGCCCGACUAGAGACUACCGUCGAAACGUCCAGUAGUGCAGUGUGCCCUUGGGAAACUUCUGAUGAGCCACCCACAACACAAGCACCGACACUACUUCAGCCAUCCCAAGUUAAGUUGUCCGUGUGUCCGUGGGAGCAGGAGAGUGCACCUGCCGUUACUAGUGGCAAAGUAGCCAAAUCGGUCACACAGCGUCUCACCAGCACGUCUUCGGAUAUCAGCGAGGUUUCGGAUCGCUUGCCACGCAAUUUGGGAAUACGUCAUCAGAACACCGUCGAUAGCGGCGAAGCGAGUAAGCGUCUCGUGCCGAACUUCAGCGAACAACGAAGAGCUUCGAUGUCCUUCACGCCAUCUCGUAUAGCAGAAUACCAAUAUGGACAGACGUGCAUAUCUGCGAAGACAUCGUCUACCCCAUCGCCCACCGUGGGCAGUCAAAGUGUUGUGGACGCCACGCUGCCAACGCCAACGCCACCGCUGCUCACACAAAGCAUUGCCACCAUUGCCACGGCGACCGCCAUUAGCAGCUCCUCUGGCACUAUUUCGAAGGAUCCACCUUCCAUAUCGGAUGUGGAAAUCGAAGAGGAACUCAACAAGUUGGCGAUAUCGCAACGCAACAGCGAAUCGUCCGCCUCCGAAAUGUCAGCAUUGCCACCCCCGACUCCCACACCUCCACCCAUGACAAAGGUGACACCACCACCGCCAGAUGACAGCGUCCCCACUUAUUAUCAGCCGGCUGAGCUAGUCUCAUGUGAGAGCCCACACAGCGAUUUGUUGUGUGGCGCGGAAGAGAGCGGUGGAAGUGGCAACAGUGACAAUGGCAGCUUAAUUAUAUCCGAAUCCGAUGUAGCGGUGCCGGUGCAAGAGGUGCAAAUUGAGCUUAUAGAAAGUUUCGACGUUCAGGAAGAAAAGAGCCCGCAGUUGCCAAAACCAACAAUACAAGUUGAUCAGGAGGUGGAACCGCUAGCUGCAACUGACGCAGGCGCAGAAGCACCGACCGAAGCAGAGGCCUCCGAUAGCGAAACUCAAAAGACACCCACACCAAGCCUUGGAAAUUCCACGCAAGUAACGCCUGUAGCGGAGCAAACGCUUCCACCACUUUUCAACACCUUCGAAGUGCAGCCUGCGGCCCAAGCACACAUAACACAAAUGUUUGCGGAUGCAAUGCCAAUGGCCGUCUCAAUGAUACCGCCACCCCCACCGCCUAUCGGUCCGAUGGAGGAGGAAGAGCAACUGCGCAUGGAAGAGGAAAUCGCAGCCGCACAAGAGACCCAAGAAGAGCUGUCACCCACUACCGACGAGUACCAAGAAGGUCUGCAGUUCGACGGCGACGACAAGGAGGAUUACGAUUACGACAUCAUAGACACCGACACACAAGCUGGCUAUAUACCGCCCGCACCGACACCGGCACCGUCUAUGGCGCCACUAGCCGAAAUGGAUAUAGAUACGGUGGAUGACGAUGAGCCAUGCGAGGAGAUCGAGCCAAUGGUUGAAGUGGAAGAGCUGCCAAAAACACCAACAGCCGAAACAGUUAUGCCAGCGAUUGUCGAAACUAUAGUGCCAGUUAUCGCAGAGGAGGUAAAGAAACGGCGUAAGAAACGCAUCGUAGAUGGCAGAAAGCCACACUCCGUAGAUGAGAAAGAGAGGGCCAGCACAUCGGCGGCAGGUGGUGCGACGACAGAGGCCAGUGGUGGCAGGAAUAACCAAGCUGACCGCAAUGCGGUGUGCCCCUGGGAGGAUGAAAACGUAACCACCAGCGAUGGCACAUUUGUAAAGACCUAUGCUACGCUCGGGUAUUUAUGAAUAAAGCAGAACCUCUUCAAAUCUAUAGUUACCAAAAUACUGAGAAAAAAGAAAAAUCAAAAGAAAUAACAUUUGUUUGCAUCGCAAAUUUACACACACACACGCACACACCUACUUACAUACAGACACGCACACACUCAACUAAGCACUCAUAUUUACAAGAUUUGCGUAUAGAUAAAAAUAUAAGACAGUAGGAGUGCCGUGCAGGGAAGCACAUUGCGACAACACCAUUCUAUUCGCGCAUAAAAUUUAUAUAUUCGCGAAUCUUAAACUUUUUCAGGAUAAUUUAUUUCAUAUAUGUAAAAUUCGGUGAUUUAUUUUCUUAGUUCGCGAUCACUGAAAUUCAAAAUGUGUACUUGCUUCUUGAUAUUUGAUAUAAACAGGCUAUAGAAGAGCGGGCGCUUUUGUUUUUGUUUUGCCCGCACAAAGCAAAGCUAUUGCCACAGAUCGUUCUGCACAAAUUUAUUUUUCCCUGCAGGCAGAUAAAUCAAACACGCACACGCAUUCAUACGUAAUUACACUAGGAAUUGGAAAGGUCUUGAAAAACCACGUUGUAAAGAAGCAAAACAAUAUAUAAAUGAGAAAUAAAUAGCCGCUAAUUAAUGCCAUAAUAUUUAUAGACGUCUAACACACACAUUUACAAAACACAAACCAAGCAGCAAGCAGCCAUAAAAACGGGUAUCAAAUCUAACAGAAAAUAAAUAAAAAGUGGAAUGCAUUGCUUAACGCUAUAAGUACAUAUCGACGGCCGGGAUAGGGCGUUUUUGGUCCUUGGUCUUAAAUAGCGCUUUCUUGAAAAAUUUUCUGAUAAAGGGCAAUUAAGAACCGGCUGCCUUAAUAGGUCGAUGUACGCUAACUUCUCCAAGUGGAUUGUUUAUUGCUGAUAUUUUUUUUUUUAUUAAAAAGAGGUUAAAAGGACCUGAAAAAGGGAAAGAGCAAAUUCUGACACAAAUCAAAGCUUUUGUUGUAAUAUUUACCUCGCUUUUAUUAACAUGACUUGCAGCAAUGUGGUUACAUGAGUUUUGAUAGCUUGAGGGCAUUUUUUAGAAUCCACAGAAAACUUGAAGUCAAGGUGAUUUUGCCAUUGAAGUGCGAAUGAAAUAAUCACCAGCUGUUACAAGGCUUGAAAAUAUUUCUCGUUAAUUGCAGCGCUUUAAAGUAAGGUGGUCCAAUCUAACGAAUUUUAUGUUGUAUGCAUAAUUUUUAAAAUCAAAAAACUCGUUAAACCGAUUGAUUUUUUUACUUGGAAAAUCGAACAUUUUAUUAUUUAAAUUUAUUAUUUUUAUUUUUUAACCACUGCCAAUUAAAUCAAAGUUAUUGGUGUCUUAAUGUUAACCAAAUUAUUUUAUGGAGAUAAAUAACGCAAAUUUAACUGCCAUUGGCUUAACCACGCCAGUUGAGAAGGGCUCAGGGUGUUCAAGACGCCCGCGCAAUGAAUAAAAUAGAAAAAAAGGGAAUCAAGUUUUGAAAACUGAAAAGAUGAUAAAUCAUGAAAUAAAAUUAGGGUAUUAAAACCGCCCUCUUUAUCAGAUUAUCUGGUAAUGUGGUUACAUUUUUAACUCAGUUUACAAAAACAAAAUACACUAAAGAAUUUUAAUUUUUAACCAGAUAACGUUAAAACCAGGCAGGUUUGAAUAACACAAAUAAUAAAAUUUCUUCAAUAUGAAAACUUUGUGUUCCUUGAAAUGAAGAAAAAAGAUGCGCCUCCUAUGAAAUGAAAGAGAAAAAAACUUUCUAUUCUGACCAAAAAGGAUUGAAACUACGAAAACUAUUAUUCUAAUGAAUCUGGCCGCUCAAACAAGAUCAGACGUUGACGAUAUUAAAACACAUAUGAAAUCGUUUGAAGGUAUUUUGUUGGCCUCUAUUUGGUUCGAAACUCGGCCCCAAAUUAUCUAUCGGAGUAACAUUUUUUAUGAGCCACUGAUGUGGAAGCGCCAAUAUAAAGUGUUUAAUUGAAGGAUAAAUCGUUGGUUCCUUAGAUACAUUUCAAGAAGGACGGAGAAAAAAAAAAUUGGGUUACCAAAAGAAGUAGUGGAUUCAAAUUCUGAGACACAGUUCAAGCAAGAGGACGUCUACAGCAUACUUCUGUAUAGGUAUAGGAUGUGGGCGCUAAUAUCGACUUGAUUGAAGAAAUUCGAUACUUUAAGACUUUUCACGGAGCAGCAUUUUCCAGCGCUCCAACGCCUAAACAAGUUACCAAACUGAAGACGAACGCAUUAUCCCCUAAUAACUUCACAUCAUUCCAAGUCUUCUGACUUAUUCCAGUGACUGUUGCUGAAGGCGAACGUUUAUGUAGUCUAUUAGCUCGAAUUAAGAAUUUUUUACGUUCUACGAGUAACCAAGACAUAGACUAACUAGCCUCGAACAUUCGGCAUUAGAAUCAUCUCUGGAUUAUAUCAUCGAUUCUGAAUCCGUGAACAAAAUGGUUUCUGAGCGAAAAUCCCAGUAUUUUUUUUUUGACAAAAUUCACUUAAAAAUGUGACGAUAGUUUAGGCCUGAAGUACUCCGCUGAACGUUACCGAACAUUUUGUUACCGAAAAUUUACUAAUUUUAUUAGCAAAAACUGAAACAAGAACUUUAGUCGCCGUUUAAAAUUUGUGUUGUGCGAACUUAAAAACAAAAAACCAAUUUACCGUAUACUAAAAUUCAACAGCGUUGGUAAUAGAGAAACAUCAAUGAAAAAAUUUUGAUGAUUAACUAGUUAAACCGAAUGUUCGUUAUAUUGGACGAACACUGUAAGUUGCAGUUAGGAAAAUCAUCUUAAAUUUCAGACGAGAAUGUGGCUUACCCGAUGGUAAGAUAUUUGAUAAGACGAUCAAAUUAAAUUUGAGCUAUUUUUGCAUUUUUUAUUUAUACAAACUAAAGUAAAAUAUGGGUACUAAAUAUUGAAAGCCUAAGACUUGCAAAUGUAUGUAUUUAAGAAUUCACUAUAAAUUUUAUUAGUUACAAGCAGCAAUAAUCAGUGUGACCAGAUUAUCACAAAGACCGAAGUUAAAUUGAUUUUGCAAAAAGGUUAGGAAAAAUUGUAUCCUGUACUUAUCGUAUUGAUGACUUUUUCUGCAAAAAUCGGUUCUCUAUAAAUAAACAUUUCAAACAUUCUUAUCAAAACACAGAGUUCAGUUUCCGAAAAUAAAAACAGAAAACUUUUGUCAUUUUAAAUAUGGCAAAUUCUCAGAUCAAACUAAAAAAAAUGAAAACACGAAAUUACUCGAAAACACAGUUCAACAAAGGAUUAUUCGUACUUGUUUUUAACAAAAUCUAAGAGCUCAUUUUCUCAAACAAAUGGUGCUUUGCUUUGUCAUUUUAUUUUUUUGAAUGGUAAACUAUGCAGUUUUUGAAAGUAAAAAGAAAAGUAGUCAUAAUCCGUAAUGUCUACUAAUUAUUUUUAAUAAGUUCAUGUCCGAAUUUUCUUAUGAACAUGCGCGGCAAAAAAGGCUAAAGAAAGUCUGAAAAAAGUUAACCUGGCAACACUGGCUAUAAUAGUGCUGGAUUCGUCUCACUUUCCGAUUGCCAAAACAUUAGGAAUGCAAUCGAAUUACUUCAGUGAGGCAAAAGCAUUUUUAAUGUCUCAAAAGACCAAAAGUUUCGUCACUUGUCGACGCGACUACUCUGACAGAAUAACGAAGAAUACACAAAUGUUUUUAAAAACUUUUGUUAAGACAAUACCUUUUGUAGAAUGAUGUUUUAUGUGCCUACCUACCACAUAAGUAGGACAGCUAUUCUUGCGGCCUUCGACCGCACGGUCUCGGCUUUCGUGCACACACAACUCUCGAGCCCCAAAAUGUAUGCAACGAAAACGAGACACUGCCGACAAAUAAGCAACCAAACCGCGGAUGGAUGAAGAAAAGCAAUGUUGGACAUUUAGCAGACGCUUGAAAACCCCGUUUAGCGGCGGCAGUCUGGAUUCAAUCAAAUCAUAAGCCAUCAUUCUACGAGACGUCUGCGGCAUGUGGAAGCACGAUUAACUAGUAAUAAGGAAGCAAAGUACUGGGAAAGAAAAUAUAAAUUAAAUCUAAAUAGAAAAUAUAUGUACAAGUAUAUGUAUUGUCUGUUGAAUAUUGUAUGUGCACUUUAAAUACACUAACUAAGCAAAUGUAUUAUUCAUGAAUAAAUAUGUAGUUGCAGAGAAAAAAAAA